AUGGGCCGUGAUAUUAAUGAAUUUGAACUAAUAUCAGAAAUAAUAAAGCCAUCUGCAACAGCAAAAGAAGCUAAAGAUGUUCAUUUCGAAAGAAACAUCAUUGUUAGCGAACAAGAUUUAAUGUUAGAAAAUAAAUUAAACAUUGAUCAAAGAAGAGCUUACAAUAUGAUUCUUGACAGAAUAUUUUCAAAUAGACCAGGGGCAUUCUUUAUUGACGGCCCCGGUGGAACUGGUAAAAGCUUUUUAUAUCGUGCUUUAUUAGCUACUGUGAGGCACAAAGGCUUUAUAGCUUUAGCAACUGCAAGUUCCGGUGUUGCCGCUUCACUUCUUCCUGGAGGUCGAACUGCUCAUUCCUGCUUUAAAAUUCCCAUUGAUGUUAAUGAGAAUUUCAGCUGCAAUAGUAGUAAGCAAAGUUCAUUAGCAUCUUUAAUACGAGAUGCAAAACUAAUUGUAUGGGAUAAAAUUUCAGUGGCAAAAAAGGAAACGGUAGAAGCAAUCGAUUUGCUUUUAAGAGAUCUAAUGGAAACUAAUAUAAUAUUUGGUGGAAAGGUAGUUGUCUUCAGUGGUAAUUUUAGACAAACUCUUCCCGUAGUUCGUAGUGGAAAAAAGGAAGAUUUUAUUCGUGAAAGUUUAUUGUGCUCUGAAAUUUGGAAUCAACUUGAAAAACUACAACUAUCAGAGAAUAUGCGUGCGAAAACAGAUCCUGCUUUUUGUGAAUAUUUAAUGAGAAUUGGUGAUGAAAAAGAAAGAUAA